AUGGACUCAGAAGCAUCCGACUUUUCUGGGUCGCGCAGAAAAAGAACAAAAACUGUGCGAUUUGCCGAAUCUGAACAACAAGGAUUCGUCACUGGACAGAACUUGAACAACGCCUUUCAGAGUCCUGCAGCUAGCCCCACGAUGGCUACGACGCCUACUGAGCGAGCUGCAAAGCGCCAGAAGCGCGCAGAGAACAACAACCGCGAUGGCGACGGCAAGACCGAAAAAGACAAGGGCGCCAACAGCAGUGGCCCACGAGGUGCGAGGAAUGGGAUGAUUCUGCCCAGCUUCUCGCCCGAGAAUUUCCUGAUCGGCCGAUGGAAUCCUCCUGCGAUGGACUUCUCGAGUUUUCCAGAUAUCUCUAGGGCUCGCCUCGCAGAAAAGGUUCGCAGGGAUGACCUCGAGCGCCGGGUACACGUCGACGAUGGCUCGGACGAUUGGUAUGGCUUUGAGGGCAGGGUGGCUUCAUACACUGAACCGUGGGGGAAGGAUAACGGCCAGAUGGCCAGAGCGAUUGCAUCAAAUUUCAUGAACCGUGCCAAAGUCGCGCACUGGGCAUCGCGCAAGUGGGCAGAUUUCGAGGAUGACGAGUUGACCAUCCGGACACAAGCAGCGGCGCAUGCUGAACCUGACCCAGUGAAGCGUAUGGAGCUUCUUGCCGAUUCUCUGUGCGAGGUGUCCAGACUCGAAGUAUUCGAAUUGAUCAAGGAGCGGCUGUGCAAUGAGAUCUUCCUCGAGGUGUACGACCACAAGCGUCUUGCAUUAGAGCGCGACAGGGAGGACAGUGUCUUGUAUGCUAUCGCGCAUCCCGGACGCACACGAGUCUUGCCGCAAGCCCAGCGCCAACAAAUUCCUGAGGGAGAGAAGACGGUGAGGACCUUUCAGCCCCAGCCCCAGUCGACAACUGGGACCUUUUCCGCCUCUGAUAGGGAUCGCAGAGCAGCAAAGCAUCGUCUACCGAACUUCACGGCCCAGUAUAGAGAUGCUGAAGAACAGGCAGAGGGGUCUGCCAGGAAAACUUCGUGGUUCUCAAGAUUCUGCCGCAAUUGCGGAGAAGACCUAAAUGAUGGACGCUGUCCAAGGUGUAAAUUUGUUGAGGGCAUGGACGACGACGAGCCAGAGUUCAUCUUGUGA